UUAACAUGGCUAUUGACAACUAUUUUGCGCCUUUGGCUAACAUCAAGACUCAAGAGAUUGAACUGGGUACACUCGACCUUGCGCAGUUUGGAAUUGUAGCAGACACCAUCUAUCUGUUCAAAAACAAGCGCAACGAUGCAAGUUUUAUGCCAUUUGGCGCUCUUGCGCAAAGCUUUUGCAUGCUUGUUGCCGACCACUACCCGGUCAUCGUUGGACGCCCCAUAGUCAACAGUGCUGGUAAGGGUGUCAUGGCUGUUGACCCGUCAAACCUCUGCUUGCCGGAUAUUGCCGAGGUGUUCAUCGACCAUCCCAUCGAGCUGUUCCUUGAAACUCGCCCAGGUGGUUCUGAGGACAAGCCAAACGUUUUGUUUUUCAACACUCGCAAGUUCUAUCGCGACAGCGGCGUAGACUGCCUUUCUCAAGCAACCUACCACAGAGACAAUUCGGCGGCAAUUGUCAGGGUUCUGCGGUUCAAAAACAGUCCUUAUGUCGGCAUCUCAUACUCAAUUUCGCAUGUAUUAUUCGACGGUACCGGCACUACAAUGUUUAUCAACCACUGGGCCGAGUACAUGCGCAACCUCGAUGCUGUCAGAAACGGCACUUACCAGCUGGCAGAGCCGCCCAUUAAUGACCGCCAAGUGAUGUCAAACUGCAUGGACAAGGUCGAGCCACUCGAGCUCCCAUUCAUCGAGCACUUCAAGGAAAUCUUGCCGCCAAUGCAGAUACUGUUUCCGACCAACAUUGCCCCAGUGUUAAUGUCCUCAAACGAUAACCAGCAAUUUAAGUACCAGCACGUGCUUCACUUCAGCCUGGCCAACUUGGAGCGCAUGCGCCAGCACAUUGACAAGGACCAGACUGUCAACACAGUGCUGGCGGCAUUUUUGGCAAGGAAUAUUCUACUGGCCAACAUCAAUGUAUUCGGCACUGAACCAAAGACAUCGUAUGUAAUGAUGGCCUAUGACGGACGCACCCGCUCUGCCAUCCCCAGAAACUUCUCCGGCAACGUGUCAUCUACAGCCAUAGCACCACUGCCGUCGCAAAUGGUUCUCACUUCUUCGUACAGAGACUUGGCCCGGGCCAUCAAAGAACACUGCUCAAAGACCGAAAUCGGGCACACAAAGGCAACCAUGUUGGUUAUCGAGAACGAGCUGAGUUUGCUGUACCAGAUUGGACUUGCGUUAUGCAAUACACCAAUGACGUCGUAUAUCGGCAUGACAAACCUGCGGUACAUGCCGUUUGAUUCGGUUGAUUUUGGAUUUGGCGGACCGGAGAUUCUUGGGUUCGACUACUUUAGUAGGGAUGGAAUGUCUCGGUUGCUACCGAACAAACAGGAUGGGGGCGUGGACCUGUAUUUGAACUAUAUGGACGCAAAUUUCCAAGUGUUCUGCCAGCUCAACGAGGUCAAGAUGUUUGCGGACGUGAUUUAUUAAAGAAUAAAUUUAAAAACAUUACGAAUAUGUUGACCUAUUAUUUCCUUCUUUUUCAUUUUUUUCAUUAAUUCAUUUGAACUUUAACAUA